GGAAUUGCAUUACAUUCAUGAUUCAUAUACACGUUCUGUUUUAUAUUUGGUGGGUCUAAUCUUCCAAAAAAAAUGGCGGGUCUACCCGACCCAGACCCGAGACCCGUUGGGUCCGGGUCCGGGUCCAAAAUUGCAGACCCGACGGGUAAACGGGUCCGGGUCCGGGUCCCUUAUUUACUUAGCGGGUCCGGGUCUGGAACACUACAUUCCGGCCCAGACCCGACCCAUUGACAAGCCUAAUUAUGGCAUCCCACGUGGCGAUUUUCAUUUUUUUCAUUUUCUUUUUUCUCUUUCUUUUUUCCUUCUCCUCCCCCUUUCUCCUACUCUCUCAGUUCGAGCAACUCCCCCUUUCCCCUUCUUCCAUUUCUUUCAUCCACCAUUUCUUCUCUCCUUUUUUUUUUUUUCUUUCUUCUCCCAAUUCUCACCCACCGGUCGUCGUCCAGUCCUUCACGUCGCCGAAGAUUCGUGAGAAAAACCCACGUCGCCGGACUGCCGGACGCCUCCUUCUCGCAGAUCGCUUGUCCCCUGCCCAUGAGUCGAUAUCCUUGAAGUCGGGGAAGGUGGUCCGUUGAAGCUUCCGGGUCGGUGAUGGUGUUCUGUGAGACCUCCAGGCCGGCCAUUUCCAGAUCCGCUGGAGCUUCAAUUCAGCCCCCACCCCAGUCGACGACAAAGAAGUAGGGAGCGGGAGUGAAGGCGGAGGAAGGUGAGGAGGUGAAAUGAGGUCGGAGAAGCAGGGAAAGAAGAGAAUGAAAAAGAAAGAAAAAAAUUGCAGGUGUGCCGUGUGCACAGGGAAGGAGAAGGGAGGGGGAGCUAUGUUGCACGGAAACGUGAAAAUCAUGAGCAAACGAGAAGCGAGAAACAUCAACAUUUGCUCAAAAAAUGAUUAUUUGGAGAGUUUUCAAAGAGUUUUCGAGAGUUUCCGAAACGGGAAACAUACUCUUUCCCGAGAGUUUCCGUGCUACACCGAGGGAGAGUGAAGAUGGAAUGAAUAAGAAUAAGAAAAAGAAAAAGAAAAAAAAAAGAAAAAGAAAAGGAAAAAAGCCAUUUCAUGCGCCACAUGUGCAAUUUGACUGGGAUUUGGGAGGCUACCGGUCAAAGGGAGGGAAUUGUCAUUUUAAAAUGAGUUCAAAGGUUUGAGCGAAAUUUUAGUUGGGGGGUCUAAUUAAAAUUUUUAAAAGUAGAGGAGCUUAUUUGAUAGUAAUCCCAAGAUUAAAAGUAUGUAAAAACUAUUUUAUCUUCUUUAUCAUACCACAAUAUUUUCCCCCUUGUACUUAUAGAAGAUACACGGUAAAAAUCAAGAAAGUGUAAUGUAUU